AGAGUACGAUUGAGUACGAUAAAUUGGUGAAAAUCGUCUCAUUAAUUAUGUGUAUUGUUCCUUGAAUCUAAUGAGCUUCGAUGCGGUAGCUGCUAUUUUUGCGCCGUGGAACGUGGAACAAUCAGCAAUGCGCAGACUCUUGCAUGUGAAGUAAAAAUAUUUUUAAAUAGUGAAUAUGGCAAAGAUUUGCAACGAAAUAAAGAAAUUUCCUGAAAAAGGAAGUUUCGUGAAAAAGGGAACAACUAUCAUCGAAGCUGAACCCUUUGUGGCUGUGCUCAAUUCUUCAGUUCGUCAGAAACGAUGUGACCAUUGUUUCAAAAAGUGCAAAGUCUUCAGAUGUUCCGGUUGCCAAUAUGUUCAUUACUGCAGUAGGAAUUGUCAGAAGCUUGCUUGGCAUUUACACAAAGUAGAAUGUCCAAAUAUGAAAAGAGUUCAACCUCUGGAAGUACCGGCAAUGGUAAGAAUGUUGACUCGAAUAAUAAUGAAACUCAAAAAUGGUGGAGCUCAAGAAAAAGGCUAUUAUUCUGGAAGCGAAUAUAGAACAUUUGACGAUUUGAUGUCACAUAGUAAUAAAAUAAUGGCAGACAUGGAAAAAAUGGAUCGUUUUACAACUGUGUACACUGUUCUUCAGCAAUUCAUUCCCAAUGUUGUUCUACCCUCACCAGUAGAAGUACUCGAAAUAUUUGGUCGCAUGACUAUUAAUUCUUUUCACGUUCUCAAUAAUCAGUUGAGAAGCAUAGGGGUCGGAAUUUAUCUUGGCCCAUCGAUUAUCGAUCAUAGUUGCAGACCAAACACUUCGACCAUUUUUGAUGGUACAAAAUUGUAUAUACGUGUUGUACGUGACAUACCAGACUUCGAUUGGAGUAAGGUGUCAGUUCCAUACAUCGACGUACUGAAGCUGGUAGACGAAAGACGCGAGGAACUCCAAGACUCUUAUUUUUUUUGGUGCAACUGCGAGAGAUGUAGUAAUCCUGAGCCAGCGGCGUCUGCUGCUUCAUGUCCUAACAAAAAGUGUACGAAUCCAUGCUUUCCCAAAGAUUUCAAAUGUACGAAAUGCAACGAACUCUUUCCUCCCAAUUUUCAAGAAGAUUUCGAAUUAGUGAAAUCGCAGUCUCGUCGUAAACUCGAAAAACUGGCUAAGGACAUGGAUCAUGCUGCAAAAUUGGAAAUCUCCAGGAUGGGUCUGAAAGAACAAGAGGGCAUUCUUCACUUUCAUAACAUGCUCCAUGUUCACAUGCUAGAAAGAGCCGCAACAGCCGCAACCGAAUUAGAACUCUGGGAAGAAUCUGAGAUCUAUUCGAAAAAGGUGUUACAACAAUACCAAUAUUACUACGGAGAUUCACAUCCGCUGACAGGAAAGGAACAUUUAACACUGGCAAUGGUGUUACUCAACUGUGGAAAGUCUGAAGAAGCUUACAACCAGAUGAAAAAAGCGUCAGAAGUCAUAAAAAUAGCAUUUGGUGAAAACCAUCCAAAAAUGCAAGAAGUCGAGAGAACGGCUUAUGCAAUACAAAUUGAAAAUUCCCAAUUCAAAGCUGGCUAAUAGAAAAUCUAAAAAAUAAUAACACUUUUAUCAGUUGUCGGAGUGUCUAGCUCGUUGAUUGGUUGGCCAUCAAAUCUGAAUCUCACAGCAGCUAUCGCCAAACCCUGAUAUAUUUUAAUUCCAUGAAUAUAUUUUGAUUUGAGUAAGAAAUGUUAUAAGGAAUAUUAACAAUGGUAUUAUGGAUGAAAAAUGGACAUUAUUGCAUAACGUAUCGAUUCUGUAAGAAAAUAAAAAUAAUUUUUUCUUUCAAAUGAA